AUGAAGCAAUUGAUGUUAAACACUCGCAGGAUCGAAGAGCAACUUGCCGAUUCGCUCACCAAACCAUUGCCAAGAUGCAAGUUUGAAGCACGUAGACUUGAGUCGGGAAUUAGAGACUUCUCCGAUCAAGGGAGGAUGUUGAGGAUGCUUGAUCGAGACACUUCACCGAAGCCACCCGAGACUCGCUCCCGGGUUUCCCGGAGACAUUCCCAGCUUCCACUCACUCUCCACCACACUGAAGAGAUGUAUAUGUUCAUACCUGUUGAACUUAUCCAUAGACACAAGAUUCAUGUGGAUGUUAGAAGAAUAGCAGCUGAGAUCCAAAAGCUAUCUGAAAGUAGAACAAGAUACGGAAUUGCUAAUAUUGAUGAAACAUAUGGCACAACUAGUCAGUCUAGAAGUCAAGACAUGAUCCCUAUAUUACCUCAAUUGAAUGAUGAAAUAGAUAUUGUUGGCUUUGAUAAUGAGAAGAAAAAGAUUGUGCAAGAGUUGGUUGACAUAAAUGAUACAUAUCAAACGGUGAUAUUUAUAGUCGGUAUGGGUGGUUUGGGAAAGACCACACUUGUUAAAUCCAUUUAUAAUGAUCAUGAAGUCAAGAGAAGUUUUGAUAUAUUUGCAUGGGUAAUCAUAUCUCAAGAAUAUACCAUCCUUGAGAUUUUGAAAAGAAUCUCAUCAGAAGUUUCAACAACUCCAUCAGCCGAUACAAUCCGAGACCUCUCAGUUGCCAUUUCUAAAAAAUUGAAGGAAGGCAAGUACUUAAUCGUUCUUGAUGAUAUUUGGAAAGAAGAUGUAUGGAAUGAAUUACUUAAAGCUUUUCCAGAUGUUAAUAAUGGAAGUAGAGUUAUUAUCACCACUCGCUUCUUAAAUGUUGCUAAGAUUGCAAAUCGUACUGCCCAACCUCAUGAAUUGCGAUUUUUAAAUAAAAAAGAGAGCUGGGAGUUGUUUUUUCGCAAGGUCUUCCCAAGACAAGAUAUUGAAACAUGUUGCCCAAUAAAUUUGGUUGAUUAUGCUGAUCAGCUUAUUCAAAAGUGCAGCGGUCUACCACUAGCACUAGUAGUCCUUGGAGGACUUGUCUCAACUAAACCACAAACCAAAGAUGCAUGGCAGAAAGUUGUUAAGAGCAUGAAAGGGCAGUUUGCUGAAGGUGGAGAAAGGCGUUUAGAAAUACUUGCAUUGAGCUAUAAUGAUUUGCCAUAUUACUUGAAAUCAUGUUAUCUUUAUUUUGGUUGCUUCCGAGAGCACAAGAAUAUUUCUGCACAAACAUUAAUUAGAUUGUGGUCGGCUGAAGGUUUUUUACCAACAAGAACUAGUAAAACCGUAGAAGAAAUUGGACUGGAUUGGUUGGAGGAAUUGGCACAAAGGUGUUUGAUCCAAGUUACCGACUGGAAAUGUGAUGGAAGUGCAUAG